UUUUUGGCCAGUAAUAUUUUUGUUUACAUCACUUUACAGUGUCUAACCAAAUGGUGUUAUUCUAGAAGGAAAGUGAUUGGUUUAAAUGAUUGAGUGCAGGAUGAGUCAUCAGUGUUUUGGCCAAUUUUCCGGAAAAGAAAAUCUGAAUAAAAAUGUCAGCGUUUACGAGUAGGCUACACUUACAUAUUGGCGACCUAACAACUAAUAAACGUGGAUUAAGAGCCAUAAAAAUUUUAUUUCUUUAAAUAAAAUCAGAUAUAAUGACAGGGAAAUACAAACAUUACACCACAAUUCGGGUGUUUUUGUUUUCUUCUCGACGCCAUCAGUAUAGAUGGUUAACAGCUCUUUGAAAAUAAUUACUACUUAUGAUAAUAAAGUUUGUGAUACUAUCUCCUGAAAUAAAAGAUUUACGGCUGCAUGUAUACCGUCCUCUAAACGAGCUAGACGCUGGUCUGAAUUUCAUGGGGUCUGAGGUAAGAAUUUAAAAAUAGAGUCUGGACUAGACUGAGACUGUUCUCAAAACCAAGUGUGCUCUCUACCUUUACACACGAUCACACUCUUGCGACUCUGAGCAAAUGCUGUCUAUCUAGGCAGCUCACUAGAUUUUGAACCACAGCCCGAGAGUUUAUCCUCUUCCGUAACUCACACCGCGGAUACACUGACUAAAACCCAUAUGAAACACCACAUGUACUUACUGUCACUCGUGAAUUUAAACCAGUCUUUUGAAAACGCAUUCAACACGAUCUCUAGAUAAAGUUUCUAGUGAUUUCCUGGCGCGCGGUGAAUCUGAUCCAUCCAUCCCACAUUAAAUACUUCCGGGUAUUUCACUACAGUUCGAUGUUGGCAUGCAUGAUUUGGAUUUGAGUAAAACAAUUUUCUUUAUAACAUCAAGCGAUAUGGACGAGAGCGUCUUGAAGUGAGCGUUUUUUGUUCUUCAUUGAUACUCAUUUGAUACUUUGUGGCUUUGUUUUAUCCAGCCAGAUGUGAGCGUGUACAUUUGUUUGGCCAUGUCCAGAUGUUGAUCUCAAGCAGACUGCUAAUCCAUGGGAUUAAAUGCUGCUGCUGUGUGAAGUACUGUAUUGCACAUUAACGUACUCGCCAUGAAACGCAUCGUUUUGUUUCUGGCGUCUUUUUUCUUGACGGAAUGUUCGAGGAGACCCAUUAGGGAUGUCCUGGACAACGAGUACGAACAGCUCAGCUUAUUGCUGUCAGAAUUUGAUGUUCUUCAGCUGUCCAGUCUUCAACAGCAUUCGGUUCGUAAGAGAGAUGUCCAGUCGCAAAUGCAUGCGGAAAGACUUCUUGGUUUCACUGCAUUACAGAGGCAUUUCAGAUUGUACCUGACAACCAACACAGAGCUCUUCACUCAAGACUUUAAGGCCGUGGUGGUAGGAGAGAAUGGCGAUCAAGAGAUGUACGAGGUCCAGAGAGAAAACUUCUUCACAGGCCAUGUCAUUGGAGAGGAGAAUUCCAGAGUACAAGCACAUAUUGGUGAUAAUGACUUCACUGCUCAUAUUCUUAUUGAUGAAGCUGAAUACAACAUUGAGCCACUGUGGAGGUUUAUCGAAAACCCUCGUGACGAUCGGCUGCUCGUAUAUCGCUCAGAAGACAUCAGGAACGUGAGUCGUCUGGCGGCUUCAAAAGUGUGCGGCUACAUCAGUGCAGAUGCCAGAGAGAUGAUUCCAGAAAGUGUGCGAGCAGCCAGCCCACUAGAUGAAGAUGAAGAGGAGGAGGAUAUGCAUCUAAGAGAGAGAAGGCAGACGGUGGACCACAGUAAGAACACCUGCCCUCUGCUGCUUGUAGCCGACUAUCGCUUUUUCAGACACAUGGGCCGAAGGGAGGAGAGCACCACCCUCAACUACCUGAUUGAGCUGAUUGAUCGUGUGGAUGACAUUUACCGUAAUACUUCUUGGGAUGAGGAGUAUAAAGGUUAUGGAGUUCAGAUUCAGCAGAUCAUAAUUAACAAGACACCCACACAUGUAGAGCCAGGAGGUGCCCACUUCAACAUGAAAGGGACUCCUGUGAAGAACAAAAAUGUCUGGGAUGUCAAGAAGCUCCUGGAGCAAUUUAGCACUGACAUUGCAGACAAUGCAUCCAAGGUGUGCUUGGCUCAUCUCUUCACCUAUCAGGAUUUUGAUGAAGGCACACUUGGCUUGGCUUAUGUGGCUCCUUCCAAACCAGGCUUUCCUGGAGGGCUUUGCUCUGAUAAGUGUCCACCUUCAGGAAAAGACAACCGUGCUAUAUACCUCAACACUGGACUAACCAGCACCAAAAAUUACGGGAAAACCAUUCUUACCAAGGAAGCAGACUUGGUUACUACCCACGAGCUUGGCCACAACUUUGGCGCUGUUCAUGACCUAGAUGAUGUGUCGUACUGUGCGCCCAGAGAGGACCAGGGGGGCAAAUACGUAAUGUACCCCAUUGCGUUGUUUUCAAAGUGCAGUAAGAUCGCCAUAGCAAAGAGUCUGAGGGCCAAGGCCUCCACCUGCUUCAGGGAGAGGAACAGCAAUGUGUGUGGAAACUCACGGGUGGAGGAAGGCGAGGAGUGUGACCCUGGACUGCUUCACCUCAACAGCGACCGCUGCUGCACGUCAAACUGCAAACUGCGGCCCAAUGUGCAGUGCAGUGACAGGAACAGUGCGUGCUGCAAAGACUGCAUGUUUGAGAAGCCGGGAAAGGUGUGUCAGGAGCCAAUGAAUGCCACUUGCAAGGGAAGCUCUUACUGUACAGGACUCAGCAGUGAGUGCCCUCCUCCAGAGAACCUCCCCAAUGAGACCAUCUGUGUGGACAACGGUCGGUGUCUGAAGGGAGCGUGCAUCCCGUUCUGUGAAGCUGUUAAGAACCUGCAGUCGUGUGCCUGCAACGAGACAAGCAACUCUUGUAAGGUGUGCUGUAGGGAUAAGAACGCUGUAUGUGUUCCUUAUGUCAAUGACAAGGGCAGCCACCUCUAUCUGCGGAAAGGAAAACCCUGCACUGUGGGCUUUUGUGAUGAAGCGGGCAAAUGCAUGAAACAGGUCCAAGAUGUUAUCGAGAGGUUGUGGGAUUUCAUUGAGAAGUUGGACAUCAAUACUUUUGGGAAGUUCCUGGCUGAUAACAUUGUUGGCUCAGUGGUGGUCUUCUCACUACUUUUCUGGAUCCCUCUCAGCAUUCUGGUCCAUUGUGUGGAUAAGAAACUUGACCAGCAGUAUGAAUUGAACACAAAGUCACUCUUCUACCCCAGUAAUGCAGAGCUGCUGAGCAGUCUAGAAUCAGCUUCAGUGCGGAUCUUCAAAGCACCCACAUCCUCAGGCUCCUCUGCAGUGCCACGCUUCCAGGUGUCUGGACCUCUUCAGACCAGCACACCACCUGUCUCCUUCUCUCAGGUGGCUCCGGCUCUAGCUCCAAACCCAACCCCGUAUCCUCUCCCUACAAUAGAGCACCAACACAUGGCCACCAUCCAAGAAGAUCCCAGCUAUGAUUCCCACCUGGAUGAACUAGCUCUGGGACAGGACUUCCCUACCUCUGGCUCGGUGUCACGGUCCUUUGAUGAUCUGACGGAGAACAGAGAGAACGCCAUGUCCUUCAGGGUAAACAGACAUGCACGGAGUAACAGCAAGGAGACUGAAUGCUAAGAGUGUCAUUGUAUAAAAUGGGAAAAAAACGUAAAUUAAUGGGAAAAAGAAAUGUGACUAUGAAUGAACUUAAAGGGAAUACGAUUGGAAAUGCUCAAGGCUGAGCAGAAUGAACAUUACAUAAGCAUGUGAUGUAAUGUGCUACAUUGCUACAAUGCGUGUUUACAGCUCCAGCAUUGAAAAUAACCAGAAUGCAGUAUGUUUUUAAAGGGAUAGUUUACUUUAAAAUUUUUGGAUUUAUUCACCCUCAUGUUGUUUCAAAGUUGUUUGACUUUCUAUCUUCUGUGGCGUUCUGAAGGAGAAAAUCCAAAUGUCUUGCUGGCCUUUAUACCAAGAAAUUCACUAUAUAUAAGGAUGCAAAAGCACCAUUAAAGCAUUGCAGAAGUGAUUCUUAAGACUUAUUUGAAAACUUAUAAUAGGAUUUUUUUCAGCUGUUAAAAUAGGUAUGAAAUCUAUUUUCUAAAAGCAUGUUAUUGGUAUCAUUGUUCCUUUUUUUUACCACCAUAUAAUUUUCUUUUAAAACACAUAUCUGUCCUGAUACGUAUGCUGGAUCAUUGACAUAUGCAAAUGUUUAGUCCGCUUAAACCCUGCUUCUUAUAAUCGAUUGCAAGCUUGCAUUCAGAUUUGCCUCUUUCCAUUCAACAACCGAUGGAUAGAAACAAAACCCCAUCCUACUUUUUCUUUUCAAUCAUCUUUUUCACUCAAUACAAAAUAAAAAUGUGUUGCUGUUUCCCUUAAAUCACCAUUUCAGUUGCUGCAACCAGAUCAUUUAAUUGAGUUGAACUUCAGUCCGAUUCAUGAACAAAUCAUUUAGACUCAGAAUGGUGAUUCAUUCACUGCUGCUUCCUUCAUUGAAGAUUAUCAGUGACAAAUGACUUCAAUUUUGGUCUGUUCCUUCACAAAGCAGUCACAUAGCUUUUCAUGCUACUUUUAAGGUGCUGAAAAAAAGCAUGUCAUAAGUUUUGGAAUGACAUGAGGGUGAGUAAAUGAGGACAGUUUUCAGUUUUGGGUGAACUAUCCCUUUAAGAGCUCUGGACUUUUUUUUAAAGAAACAGAAGGCACAAAUCAUUCUGUGACUAAGCAUUUAAUGUUGUUAGUCCUGUUAGGAUUAUGCAGUAUACUGCACACAUUAAUUCUCUCUCACACACACACACUCCAGAUCUCAUCAGCGUUAUCUAAACAUGACCAGCAUCAUUGUUAAAGUUUAACUGCCCAAUACUAAGAUGUUUACAGGUCUUUUUGUGUGUGUGUGUGUGUGUGUGUGUGUGUGUGUGUGUGUGUGUGUGUGAGAGAGAGAGAGAUUGUGCAGAUGCUUACAGAUCUUGAGAACUGUUAUAUCAUAAAAAUACCUGUUAUAUUUUAGUUGAUUUUUUUAUGUGUAUGUGCUCUAACACUCACCAGCAAAUUGUUUUGUAAUCUCUGUGGAACACAAUCUUGUGUUUUUGCUUUUUAUUGUUUGCAAGAGACAAUCUGAUAUUUUAGGGGCAAUUGAUAUUUUCAGAUAUUGUCUGUGAAUAUUUUUUUUUUGCUUUAAUUUGUACUGUUCUUUAAAUAACAUGUAUUAGUAUACAUAAUAUUUAAACAGUUUUACCAGCAGAUGUUAUACAUGUUUGGUAAAUGAGAAGUUUUUGUUGUCUCAUUGGCUUAAUAUGAAACACCAAAGUCAGACCAUCAGGCUGUUGAGACUUUUCUGCAACACAAUAUUCAUGACUGUAUGCAAGAAUAUGUAUCUUGCAGCUGCUCCCAUAAGAAUGUACUGAUGAACACUGCUCUGAGAUCAGUAUCCAAAGUGCCUUGUAUUUGUUUUUUAUUUGUAUUGUGAAAUGGUAUUUUACUCCAUGUGUUUUGUAAUAUAAUCUAUGGGAAAACUCAAAAAGGGAAUGUGACAAUGUCAUUUAUAGGUGGCUGAAUUCACCUUCUUCUGAAUCUUAUUCAGAAAUUUAAAUGGGAAUGUAUUGGUGGUGAUCUUGUAGAAUACGCGACCCAGCUCUGAAAAUGUACUUUGUUUUUAUUCUCUGGUGUCAAACCCUGUGAAAUCUUUUUUGAUGUUAAGAAAUGUGCCUAUAAAUACUCCAACUGCAUGGUUCCUCACAAUGUUGUAAUGGGACAAGAAAGAAAGUAUUGAAUAUUAAGACAUUGUUUGUAUCAGUGUGAUAAAUAUUUGUGUAACUUGGUAUAUAUUGCAAGCUUUCAUUUUUAAAUAAAGUGUCAGUUUUAAUGCGAGUUGCAUUGAAAUUUAAGCUCAA